AGGUCCCAUUGUGCUUUUUAACAAGCUGCCUUCCAGAAAAAUGUCGAACGAGCGGGCUCAAUGUUCAAAAGGAAAACUAAAAUAUUUCGCUACUACAAAUUGUCCUGGCUGUCGUGAAAUUUCAAAAAAGCUUGAAGUAUAUAAAGAUACCGUUGAAAAGCAACAGAACACUAUCAUCGAGAUAUUGGCGGAGCACAAAGUGUUGUUGGACCGUCUUCUUUCCCAAAAUGUUGCAGUGGAAAACAUUAUGAGCAUUUUUCCUAUAAACUCAGAUGAAAAAUUAAAGGAAUUUGACAAUAUUUUAGCUACUAAUGCGGAUCCUUAUAAGCGACAAAUGCAACAUCUUAUUGCUGGCAAUGCAGAGCGAAACUUACAUCAAAUAUUUGGCCAAAAUAUAAUAAUAAACUAUAAUGUUGACGGAAUCAGCGGAAAGAAACGACUACGAGAUUUAUGCAAUGUAUUUUCCGUAAUUAUAGAUGUCAUAUCGACCUUCAGCAAAUCAUCAGACACAACUUUGAGAGCAGCUUUCCAACGCCAGAAGAAAAAAUUCUUCAAGCAAACAACCCGCAUUAAAACCCAAAAAAAUAAGGAGAACCGAAAUGAUGAAGAAAAUGAGACUGAGAAAUACGAGGAAAUCGAAUUGAUUGAAGAAAUUGAUGAGACUUAAUAUAUAAAAACUACAAAUACUAUUUUUUAGAUUGUAAGAAAGGUUUAGCUAGCCUUGAAGAAAUAUGCCAAAAACCAAGUACCUUUUUUUAUUAAAAAUAACUAUCUACAAGACAUUUUUAUCAACAAUAUA